GCAGCACUGCAGCAAUAGCAAAGUUACUAGUGUCAGUGUUGGUUGUCAAAUUUCCCGAAAAGAUGGAAAUAUUGCGAAAAAUCGCGUGUGGGGCGAUAUUGGUGAUCGCGUUUACCAGUAAUAUCGUACAAGUUACAGCUGCCAAACAGCGGUACGUAACUUGCGGCUCUGUGGUGAAAUUGAUGAACACAGACCACAAAGUCCGGCUGCACUCCCACGACGUGAAAUACGGCACUGGCAGCGGGCAGCAGUCAGUGACCGCCACCGAGGUGCAAGAGGACAUCAACAGCCACUGGGUGAUUAAAGCCGAGUCUGGUAAAGUAUGUCCCAGGGGAGAGCCAAUUAAGUGCGGCUCAACGAUCAGACUAGAGCAUUUAGAAACCAAAAAAAAUCUACAUUCCCACCAUUUCUCUAGUCCUUUGAGCGGCUACCAGGAAAUUAGUUGUUAUGGGGAUAAUGGCGAGGGGGAUACUGGGGAUCAUUGGGUCGUUAUUUGCUCCGGUGAUAAUUGGCAGAGGGACGAUAGUGUAAUGCUUAAGCAUGUGGACACUGAUAUGUAUUUGUCAGCGUCUGGGAAAACAUUUGGGAGGCCCAUAAAUGGCCAAAUGGAGGUUGUGGGGGUGAGGUCGUCCACGGGGGCCGUUCAUUGGCAGACGAUGGAGGGAGUCUUCCUCCACGCUCCUGAUCUUGCAGCAAAGCAUAUGCAUAUGGCACACACAGAGCUUUAAUUUUCCUAGGUGUUUAGCUUAAUUUAUUUUUAAUUUUGUAAAGUUGUUUAAAUUUCUAUUGUGAUAUUUGUGACAGAAAUAUAAGGAAAAAAUAAUCGUUG